CAAUGCACACACAACGUGCGUUGUUAGUUUAAGUGCCAUGAUGGUGGUUUAGGGAUACCUAAAAAACCUCGAUCUACAAUGAAUUUUCCGAGCAGGUGGGAGACCCUCCUCGUGGGCUUGUGGAUACAGGUGGGCUUUGUCCCCGGGACGCAGUGCGAGGACGCUGCUGUCAGAUGUCUGUCCAUGGAAGAUGUUUUGCUAUUAAAGGACGAGCAGGAUCCUAAAUGUUUCACCCGCACAGAGCAGGACUUCACCUGCUUCUUUGAGACCGCGGAUAACAGAACUUAUGAUUUACUCUACAAGUUUGAAAGUCUUCCCGGAGAGAAAAGGUGUGAAAUGUCUGUCCAGACUACAGAAGUCGGAAAUUCGCUCCACAUCUGUUCAUUUCCUGGAUGUGAUGUUUUCUCCUUUGUGGAAAUACAUCUUGAGGUGGUGGAGCGCAACACCAACACCAACACCAACACCAACACCACCAACAGCCUCUACAGUCGCACCGUCUGUGUGGAGGAGCACUUCCUCCUGGAUCCCCCCUUCAGUGUGUCUUUACACCAAAAUGGCCGAGCGGGACAGCUGCAUGUUUCAUGGCACUCGAAGGUCUCGAAAUACUGUAAAGACGACGUGACGUAUCGGAUCCGAUACUCAUCCGAAGGGUUGGGAGAGAAGGUGAAAGAGACGAAAGAGGGCGGCGUGCUCGAGUCUCUGGUACCAGGGGAGGAGGUCGAGGUCCAGGUCACCGUCAAGUGUGCCUUAAAUCCAAACGCAGGGCACUGGAGCAGCUGGUCGCCGCCCGCGAGGGCCGUGGUUCCCCAAGAUGCAGAUGAUAUUUCUCUCACGUGCUUCACGUCCGACCUGCGAAACAUCACCUGUCGUUGGCACGGUAACAGAUAUGGAGAAGAGAAGGCGUACACGCUUUUCUACACGAUGUUUCUCAGUGACAGUCUGGGCUGGACGGAGUGGACCGAGUGUCUCUCUGACGUGGCUGAUCGGUGCCGUUUCCGUGGAGACGAGCAUGGAAGAGUCCUGGUGAAGCUCAGCGGCGCUUCAGCUCCACUCGGCAGAACCUUCUACACUCCAGAGUUCACGCUCCGCAGGAGAGUUCAGACGUCCCCGCCGCGUCGUCUCAAAGGAACAUUUGAAGGAGACCAGCUGUGCGUGGCGUGGGACGCUCCUCUCCCGUCUCUGUCUCCUCACCUGAAGUAUGAAGGCAGCUACCGGGUCCGAGGGGCGGAGGCCUGGACCACGGUGUCCCUGAAGGGCCCCGAGACAGCCACGUGUCUGGAGGUUCCGACAGGAAGCCGCUACAGCGUCAAAUUCAGGGCUAAACCCAACGGGUCCGUUUACUCAGGACUCUGGAGCGACUGGUCCGACGUGCUCACUGGAGACACGCCCACUGACAUCGGCUCGUUGCUCAUGCUGUGUUUACCCGUCGUGGUGCUGAUGAUUGUCAUCGUCCUCAUGUCCUUGUUCUCCCCGUACCUCAGUAAACUCAAGCUGUAUUUUUGGCCGCCGGUGCCCGACCUUGACAAAGUCCUCCAUGGUUUCCUGACAGAGGUCAAUGGGCCGCUAUGGAAUCCUCCAAUCACAGCAAAGCAGUACGCUGAUGAAACCUCUUCAUCUGUGGUAGAAAUAAUGUCUGAAGAUGAAGAGGUCUCCCCAUCGGGGGGAUCCACCGAGCUCCCGGCGUUAGAACGGCGAUUCUGCGGCGGAGAACCGCUCGAUGGAGGCCAACGGACCGAAGUCUUUCCGGACUACGUGACUCUGAACAAAGACAGCGUCGUCCUUUGCCCAAAUGGAAACGCGUACGUCUACGAGGAAGUCGGAGAGAAAGAAGAGCCAGAGGUGAGCGACGAGGUUUUCCAAACGUGUCGCGGUUCCUGCGCCGAUGGCUCAGGCGGUGACUUUCUGAACCGUUCCUACUUGCAUCUGGCUGAGCCGGCUGACCUCUGCAAGGUCACCGUUGCCAGGGGGCGGGGCAACCUCUAUACUAAUUUCCCCCUGUAGCUAAAUGUAGAGAACCACAACUUCCACUGGUGCAGCGGCUGGAACAAAAGGUGUGUUUCCGCGUAUCCAUGGUAUAAUAAUGGGGGAGUAUUUGUAAUCAUCCAUCAUAACAGUCUCUCUGAAAGGUGGACACAUCAAUAUUUGAGAACAAGAACAUAACUUCUUGCUUUUUGGUUAAAAUGCUGUGGGCGAUAAUGCUACUUUUAUUUUGGUAACUGUAUAUACAGGUCUUCUAUACAGAUAAGACCGGCUAACAAUAAUUACCAGGUGGUAGCCAGCAGUUAGUUUAGCCUAGCUUUUUUUGGGACUUGGAUUAUUUUUUCAAUAAAAUAUGUUGAUUGUAUUUGUCACCUUGUGUCAAGUAUGUGGAAAUAUGAGGUGGAGUGUCACAUCCACGCAAAGUUUUACAUGAGCCAAUUGUAUAUAUGUUAUUACUAUCAAAUGAUCUGCAUCCGAAAGACGAUAAUUAGCCAUACUAUAUUGUAAUGUUACUUUUAUAUUGGUAACUGUACAUACAGGUCUCCACACGGCUGUCUUUUUAUGUCCACAAGAGAUAACCAUAGAGAUGACAAGAUAUUUUGUGAGGUAGUCAAGAAGACUGCAUCUUGCUAACAGUAGUUACCCGGUGGUUGCUAGCAGUUAGCUUAGCCCAAAACAUUUUGGGGACUUUUCUUUUGAAAGAUUUGAGAGGAUUAUAUAUUCAAAUGAAAUUUUUUUGAUUGUAUUUGUAUGAGGAAAUCUGAGGUGGAGUGUCACAUCCCCCCCAAAGUUUUACAUGAGCCAAUUUUUAUAAAUGUUAUGACUAUUUUAAAUCAUUUGUACCUGAAAGACGAUAAUUAGGCAUACUAUAUUGUAAUGUUACUUUUAUAUUGGUAAUUGUACAUACAGGUCUCCACACUGCUGUCUUUUAAUGUCCACAAGAGAGAACCAUUAGAUGACGAGAUAUUUUGUGAGAUAUUCAAGAAGGCUGCAUCUUAUAAGACCGGCUAACGGUAAUUACCAAGUGGUUGCUAGCAGUUAGCUUAGUCAACUUUCUUCUUUUUUUUGAUGAGAGGAUUAUAUAUUCAAAUGAAAAUGUUUUGAUUGUAUUUGUAUGUGGAAAUAUGAGGUUUUACAUGAGCCAAUUGUAUAUAUGUUAUUACUGUUUCAAAUGGCUGUAUCUAAAAGACCUUGAUGAUCUUCUUCUUUUUUUUUAUCAGAAUAAAAAAAAUGUUUGUGUCCCUGUUAA